AUUGGUAUUUCUUUUACCCGUUAAUUGAAGUGUGAAAAUAAAGUAGGAAAUUAAUGCACGAUCUUCUCCUCCGUCCUCCGCCGCGGAACUGAACGGCCGAGAGUCUCUUGAUAGUCACUCUGCCGUCAACUGUUUCCUCAUUAAUUCGUCGUGGUUUACUCUUCCGAAUCCCAAACAUACAAUUAUAAUCACAAUGAUAUGUGAUUAUCGAAUGAAGGCAGAAUUUUCCGCGAAUUAGGGUUCCAUUCUAGUUAGAACUUGCGGAGAUGGCGCGGCAAAUGACGUCUUCCGCUUUCCACAAAUCAAAAACGCUUGACAACAAAUAUAUGCUCGGAGAUGAGAUUGGAAAAGGGGCUUAUGGAAGAGUCUACAAGGGUUUGGAUUUGGAAAAUGGAGAUUUUGUUGCAAUCAAGCAAGUUUCCCUCGAGAACAUUGCUCAGGAGGAUCUCAACAUCAUUAUGCAAGAGAUCGAUCUGCUAAAGAAUCUGAAUCAUAAGAAUAUUGUGAAAUAUCUUGGAUCUUUGAAGACAAAAACUCAUCUUCACAUUAUACUUGAGUAUGUGGAGAAUGGAUCUCUUGCAAAUAUAAUCAAGCCAAACAAAUUUGGACCUUUUCCAGAGUCAUUGGUGGCUGUUUACAUAGCCCAGGUAUUAGAAGGUUUGGUUUACCUGCAUGAACAAGGUGUGAUUCAUCGUGAUAUCAAAGGGGCAAAUAUCCUGACAACAAAAGAGGGCCUUGUCAAACUUGCAGAUUUUGGGGUUGCUACAAAACUUACUGAAGCAGAUGUUAAUACUCAUUCUGUUGUUGGAACACCUUAUUGGAUGGCCCCUGAGGUCAUUGAAAUGUCAGGAGUUUGUGCUGCAUCUGACAUUUGGAGUGUAGGCUGCACUGUAAUUGAACUUCUAACAUGUGUUCCACCGUACUUUGAUCUGCAGCCAAUGCCUGCCCUCUUUAGGAUUGUACAGGAUGAACAUCCUCCAAUUCCAGAUAGUCUAUCUCCAGCUAUUACAGAUUUCCUUCGUCAAUGCUUUAAAAAGGAUGCUGGACAGAGGCCUGAUGCAAAGACAUUACUUUCACACCAUUGGAUUAAAAACUCAAGACGUGCACUGCAGAAUACUCUUCGUCAUAGUGGAACCCUGAGGAACAUUGAGGAAGUUGGAGCUGGGGGUGCUGAUAUAAGUAGCAGUGAACAAGGGCAUACUAUUGAAACCUCUUCUGCUGAGAAAGAUAAAGCAGAGAUGUCAUCCUCGGAGACUUCAGUUGUUAGCAAGUCUUAUGAGGAUGAAAGCUUAAAAACUAAUCUUACUGAGGAAAGGACAAAUAACCUUGAAGAAGAUACUAUUUCAGAUCAAGUUCCCACAUUUGUUAUCCAUGAGAAAUCACCUAUUGAGACCAGCUCGAGCAGACUUUUGGAUAGUCAUGAGUCAGCAACUUCUAAUUCGGUCGAAGACCAGAGAUCUAACCUAAAUCAGCAGGGUGAAAUGCUGAUAAAUGGUGUGGUGGAAGGUGCUGAGUCUACAAAGAGAACUGUUGUCGCCAGGAAAGUUGAAAAAAAAGGAAGUGCAGUUGGUAUCAUUCACGGAAAAUUUAGUUUUGGUCAAAAGAACCAAGAUUCUAGCCCAAGGAAGGCUGUGAAGGAACCAAUGUCUUCAGGAGGAAAUGAACUUAGUAAAUUCAGUGACUCCCCGGGUGAUGCUUCUUUGGAUGAUUUAUUUCAUCCCUUGGACAAUUUGGAGGACCGGGUAGCUGAAGCCUCUACUUCUGCAUCCUCUUCAAAUGUAAUUCAAGGAAAUAUGGUAUCUGAUGGUGGAAAGAAUGACCUGGCAACAAAGUUACGGGCUACAAUUGCUCAGAAACAAAUGGAGAAUGAAUCUGUUCAGGCUAGUGGUGACCUACUUCGCUUAAUGAUGGGUGUUUUAAAGGAAGAUGUAAUUGAUAUUGAUACUCUGGUAUUUGAAGAUAAAUUGCCUGCAGAAAAUCUUUUUCACCUUCAGGCUGUUGAAUUCAGCAAAUUGGUGUCUUUGCUGAGGCCAGAUGAACCAGAAGAUGUGAUAGUAUCUUCUUGUCAGAAGUUGACAACUUUCUUUCAUCAGCGACCAGAUCAGAAGAUUGUUUUCAUUACACAACAUGGUUUGCUCCCUCUAAUGGAACUGCUUGAGGUUCCAAGAACUCGCGUUAUAUGCUCAGUUCUACAAGUUCUGAAUCAAAUAAUCAAAGAUAACACAGAAUUUCAGGAGAAUGCUUGUCUAGUGGGUCUUAUUCCCAUUGUGAUGAGUUUUGCUGUACAUGAUCGUCCACGGGAGGUGCGCAUGGAAGCAGCCUUUUUUUUUCAACAACUCUGCCAAUCAAGCUCUCUGACAUUGCAAAUGUUUAUUGCUUGUCGUGGUAUACCUAUCUUGGUGGGCUUUCUAGAGGCUGAUUAUGCGAAGUACAGGGAAAUGGUUCAUAUGGCUAUAGAUGGAAUGUGGCAAGUUUUUAAGCUUCAAAAGUCAACCUCUAGAAAUGAUUUUUGUCGUAUAGCUGCCAAGAAUGGGAUACUACUCAGACUUAUUAACACUCUUUAUAGUUUGAAUGAAGCAACCCGUCUAGCUUCUAUAGCUUCUGGUGGUGGGUUUGCUUCAGAUGGUCUAAGUUCACGACCAAGAUCUGAUGCUCUGGAUGCUAACAGUCCAGUUACGCGAAUAGAUUCUACGUUUUAUGGGAAUGACCUGCCUGAUCACCUUAAAGUUAAGCCUGGAGAUCAUAUUUCACAAACUGGAAUACUAGAACCUUCGCGAGCUUCUGCAUCACAUUCUCCUGAAUCGAGAUUCAUUGCUUCAGAUGCUGAUAGGCCUCAAUCCAGCAUUUCUAAUGUGGAGGCAUUAGGUGCUUCAAGAGUGACAGAUCCUGCAUCUUUGGACAGAUUAUCCAAUUCGGCAAUAAAGGAUCACCUUCCUACUAGAGACAGGGAAAGUGUAGACAGGUGGAAGAAUGAGCCUUCUAGAGCUGAAGUUGACCUAAAGCAGCAAAGAGGUGCCAAUAUAACAGGUGGAAGAAUAUCCAUGGAUAGGGCUCCAAAAUCCAUGGAUGCCACAACAAAUGGAUCAUCUGCUCACACUGGUAGUCAGCAAGAAAAUAUUCGACCCCUUUUGAGUUUGUUGGAUAAAGAACCGCCAUCACGUCAUUUCUCUGGGCAGCUUGAGUAUGUGAAACAUCUUACAGGGAUGGAGAAACAUGAAAGCAUUUUGCCUCUUUUACAUGGAUCAACUGACAAGAAAACAAAUGGUCUUGACUUUUUGAUGGCUGAAUUCGCAGAGGUCUCUGGCAAAGGAAGGGAAAAUUCUAAUGUAGAUUCAUUGCCUAGAAGUUCGCCUAAAGCAGCAAAUAAGAAACAUGUGACAUCGAACGGGGGAACUGUUGCUGCUUCUGGAAUUGCAUCACAAAGAGCAUCUGGCGUGCUAUCCGGUUCAGGAGUUUUGAAUGCUAGACCAGGGAGUGCAACAUCAUCAGGACUACUUACCCAUGUGGUCUCACCAUGGAAUGUUGAUGUUGCUCGGGAGUAUCUGGAAAAGGUUGCAGACCUUCUAUUUGAAUUUGCUGCAGCAGACACUGCAGUAAAAUCUUAUAUGUGCAGCCAAAGUCUGCUUAGUCGUCUCUUCCAAAUGUUCAAUAAGAUAGAACCCCCGAUUCUUCUAAAGCUGUUGAAGUGUAUAAACCAUCUGUCAACGGACCCACAUUGCUUAGAACAUCUUCAACGAGCUGAUGCUAUCAAAUAUUUAAUCCCAAAUCUUGAUCUCAAAGAAGGUUCCCUUGUGUCACAAAUACAUCAUGAGGUCCUUAAUGCUCUAUUCAACCUAUGUAAGAUUAAUAAGAGGAGACAGGAACAAGCUGCAGAAAAUGGGAUCAUUCCCCACUUAAUGCAUUUCAUCAUGUCAGAUUCUCCUCUAAGACAGUAUGCAUUGCCUUUGCUUUGUGAUAUGGCUCAUGCAUCGAGAAAUUCAAGGGAGCAGUUGCGAGCUCAUGGAGGACUGGAUGUGUAUCUGAGCCUUCUUGAAGAUAAUAUCUGGUCUGUGACUUCACUAGAUUCUAUUGCUGUAUGCUUGGCCCACGACAAUGAGAAUAGGAAAGUAGAACAGGCUUUGCUAAAAAAGGAUGCUGUCCAGAAAUUGGUGAAGUUCUUCCAGUGCUGUCCGGAACAACACUUCUUGCACAUAUUAGAACCAUUCUUGAAAAUUAUCACAAAAUCUUCUCGAAUAAAUACUACUCUGGCAGUUAAUGGUCUGACACCACUGCUAAUCUCGAGACUUGAUCAUCCAGAUGCAAUAGCUCGUCUGAAUUUGCUUAAGUUAAUAAAGGCGGUAUAUGAGCACCACCCACGUCCAAAGCAACUGAUAGUGGAGAAUGAUCUGCCUCAGAAGCUUAAGAAUUUGAUUGAGGAGAGGAGAGAUGGGCAGAGUUCUGGAGGCCAAGUUUUGGUUAAACAAAUGGCCACUUCACUCCUCAAAGCACUUCAUAUCAACACCGUUUUGUAAUGUAAAUCUUUUUCUUUUUUCCGCUUGUAAAGUUUCUUUAUUCCCAAUCCUCGCUUUGCUUUGUUUCUUUUCUUGUUUUUUCCCUUUUGAUGUUUUUGCUCAUUUUUAAUUGUUAUCCACGUCAAUUUUUUUGUAAUUAUUUUGUUUUGCAAACAAAAGUGAUAUAGCAACUUAAUGUUUGUACCGUUGUUUGAUACUAGUUUAUUUUAAUAUCCUCAUGUAUUAUAUUACUAGCUAUGAUAUACAACCCACUCUUGGGUAAUUUUUUCA